GAAGCUUCAGCCAGAUAAUAACUUAAAGAAAGAAAGAUAGCACAUUUUUCACCUUCAAGUAUUGACUGAGAAUGAACAAGCAGUUUAAUGAUGCAGGCUGUAAAAACAGAACUAAAUGAGAGAUUGCUUUAUCCUUCUAACUGCCAAACUUACAGCAGAAGGAAGGCUCACCACUUAUUUGCAGAUAUAUUUUGGCUGGCAAUAUUAUAGAAGAUCUGCCUCGGUUCUCACUGAGAUCAAAAUUGUUACUAUAUCAAAGGCAGAAGCUGAUGAUGGAGGCUGAAAACUUCACCAUGGUCUCAAAAUUUGUCUUAGUAGGACUCACUAAUGACCGUAAGACCCAGAUUUUGCUUUUUGUUGUCAUUCUCAUUUUUUAUCUAUUUACUCUUGUGGGAAACUUUGUGAUCAUCAUACUGGUGCAGGCUGACUCCAGGCUUCACACUCCUAUGUACUUCUUCUUGACUCACCUCUCAAGUCUGGAGAUCUGUUAUGUCUCCAGCACUGUGCCCCAGAUGUUGGCCCACCUCUUCUCUGGAAAUGGAACCAUUUCCUUCAUACGUUGUGCAACUCAGAUGUACAUUGCAUUGUCUUUAGGUAGCACUGAAGGACUUCUCUUGGGGGUCAUGGCCUACGAUCGCUACUUGGCCAUCUGUCAUCCUUUCAUUUAUGCUGUUGCCAUGGACAAGUGGCGCCAAUUGCAGCUCACCACAGCUUCAUGGGCUGGUGGCUUUCUGCUCUCUAUGAUGAAUGUAGGAUGUACCCUACGCCUCCCAUUCUGUGGCCCCAACCACAUCAACCAUUUCUUCUGUGAGCUGCCAGUAGUGUUGAAACUUACAUGUGCUGAUACCUAUGCUACUGAGAACAUAAUUUUUGGAGCAGCAGUUCUAAUCCUGUUGAUUCCUCUUUCAGUUAUCCUGACUUCCUAUGGGCUCAUUCUAUCAACUGUAUUACAUAUGCAAUCAGCUGCUGGCCGAAGCAAAGCCUUUUCCACCUGUGCUUCCCAUUUGGCGGUGGUCACCCUGUUCUAUGGCACCGUCAUAUCUAUGUAUAUGAGACCUCGUUCAAGCACAACUCCAGACAGUGACAAGAAAAUUGCUGUCUUUUAUAUUGUAGUCACACCUCUGCUCAAUCCUGUUAUCUAUACUCUGAGAAACAAGGAUGUUCAUGGGGCAUUGGCUAAGAUGCUAAAUACAAAACACUAGAAAAGGCAAGCACUGGGAUCUUCAUAGUAUAUCCUUGGUUUAGAGGUUACCUUGUUGCAUACUGAAUUGAUAGCAAUAGUAUUAGUACUUAGAUUUAUAUACCACUUCACAGUGUUUUACAGCCCUCUCUAAGCAAUUUACAGAAUCAGCAUAUUGCCCCCCAACAAUCUGAGUCCUCAUUUUACCGACCUCGGAAGGAUGAAAGGCUGAAUCAACCUUGAGCUAGUGAGAAUUGACCAGUUGAACUGCUGGCAGUUGGCAGUCAGCAAAAAUUAGCCUGCAGUACUGCAUUCUAACCACUGCGCCACCACAGCUCAUAGAUCAUUGUGUUUUGGGAAGACAAGAGAGGACAAAGGUUUGCACAAUUCUGAUAUCCCCUCAGCAAAUUCGGAGGUAAUGCAACCAUUUUUUAGCUUUAUAUUCAUUAUGGAGAAACUAUCUGAAAGGUCCACCUUCAGCAUUUUUGGGAAAAUGAACAAAGAGGCUGACAAUGUUAUGUAUUAAGGUUGGUAAAGUGAUAUUGUUCCAUUUCCUCCUCCUCCACCACCACCACCCCGUUCUUAUUCACUUUUAUGAGAGAAUAUUUGUUUUAAAAAUUGUUUUAAAUUAGUCAAAUGUUAUAGAAUAGUCUUGUCAGUAGAGUAUGAUGCCCUGGCAUUUAUUUACUUUUAAGGUGGCUAAGAAGUGUAUACGAAUGUCCUCCAAAUUAAAAUCUGAAAUAAACAUCAUGAGGGAAUUACUCAAGAUUUAUGUAAGUUAUUUAUAAGGGGAAGUGCUGUUCUUGAGAAAAUGAUGGCUUGAUCACUGUUUUUCUUAAUUUUGACUUAUGUCUUAUUAUUUCUCAGUUCCUAUUUUGGGGAAUAUUUAAAAAGCAGAAUAUAUUUCCCCAAAGGAAUAAUGGAAAAGACCUUUAAAAAAGACAGAAACUGAGCCCCAGCCCCUCUCCCCCAAGCAAAAAACUCAGCAGAGGCAAGCUUUUAGAAAUGCAAAUUCAAUAAUCUUUUCAGAAAGAUUUGAG